GCAGCCACCCGGAGGCUCUUGUCAGGAUGGUGAAGCUUUUCGUUGGAAACCUGCCCUGGGAGGCCACAGAGCAGGAGAUCCGCUCACUCUUCGAGCAGUAUGGGAAGGUGCUGGAGUGUGACAUCGUUAAGAACUACGGCUUUGUGCACAUAGAGGACAAGACGGCGGCCGAGGAUGCCAUACGCAACCUGCACCACUACAAGCUGCACGGGGUGAACAUCAACGUGGAAGUCAGCAAGAGUAAGAGCAAAGCUUCAACCAAGUUGCAUGUAGGCAACAUCAGUCCUACUUGUACCAACCAAGAGCUUCGGGCCAAGUUUGAGGAGUAUGGUCCAGUCAUCGAAUGUGACAUCGUGAAAGAUUAUGCUUUCGUACACAUGGAGCGGGCAGAGGACGCAGUGGAGGCCAUCAGGGGCCUUGACAACACAGAGUUUCAAGGCAAACGAAUGCACGUGCAGUUGUCCACCAGCCGGCUUCGGACUGCCCCUGGGAUGGGAGACCAGAGUGGCUGCUAUCGGUGUGGGAAGGAGGGGCACUGGUCCAAAGAGUGUCCGGUAGAUCGUACGGGUCGUGCGGCGGACUUGACCGAGCAGUAUAACGAACAGUAUGGAGCAGUGCGCACACCUUACACCAUGGGCUACGGGGAAUCCGCGUAUUACGACGACGCGUAUGGAGCGCUCGACUACUAUAAGCCUUACCGAGUCCGUUCUUAUGAGGCAGUGGCGGCAGCAGCAGCAGCUUCCGCGUACAACUACGCAGAGCAGACCGGGUCCCAUCUGCCUCAAGUCCAGAGCACAGCUGUGACCAGUCACCUCAACUCCACUUCUGUUGAUCCCUACGACAGACACCUGUGGCCAAACUCAGGCGCUGCUGCCGCUGCCACCACUUCCUCCUGUGACAGAAGGGACAGGAGCCCCCUGCGUCGUGCUGCAGCUGUGCUCCCCACAGUUGGAGAGGGCUACGGUUAUGGGCCAGAGAGUGAGCUGUCUCAGGCUUCAGCAGCUGCGCGGAACUCUCUGCAUGACGUGGCCCGGUAUGAGCGGGAGCAGUAUGUGCACCGAGCACGGUACUCAGCCUUUUAA